AUGCCAGCCACUCCGUAUCUUCCAGAUGAGGUAUGGAGGUUAGUUUUUCAAUUUGCGCUGGACAGCGUGCGAUUUGAAGGGAUGUGUGGGGGUGCGAUUGAUAUGUUCGAAAACGAUGAUGAUCUUCGCAUCCUCAGGGCUCUGUUAGACUUAAGGAAUGUGUGCAGGAGAUUCGACGUCCAUAUUCUCAGUGUAUUUGUUGAGCGGGUGAGAAUGGAUACAUCGCUGGGUCUCUUUGGCUUCCUACAACUGUAUCCGACGUUCAUGAUUCGCGUAACGUUGGAGUUAGCACUUCGGAACAGUUUUCGGGGAUCUUGCGGACUAGUUGAUGCCGUUCGCUCGACGGCCGACUACAUGGUUACGAACCUGCCCCAUGAUGACCAUCGGAACAAGGAUGUACUAAGAGAACAUUAUAUGAAAUCUCUCUGCGGUGCGGCCCUUGUACAUCUUACAGAUUCAAGGAUGUCCACGAAACUCUGGUUAAGAAACUGGAACCCGAUUCCCGAGAUAGCGGCUCGCGACCGUGCUUUAGUCGCAGCAUCUCUCGAUAACGAUACGGAGCUCAUAAACCUGCUUUUGGAAAGGGCAGCAAAUGUCAACCAUGAAGAUAUCUACUUUGGCAAUGCGUUAUAUACAGCUGUUUUUUUACGGAACACCGAAGCGACAUCCCUCCUCUUGGCCAACAAGGCAUCCUUACUAUACAGCGAUAUGUCAGGGAAAACGGCGCUGCAUAUUGCAGCCCAAAAAGGGUACGACGAAUGCGUUGAGUUGGUCCUAAAUCAAACAUCCCGCAACGACGUUGAUCGGUUUGACCAUAUGCGCCGCACCGCGCUGUCCUGGGCGGCAGAGGAAGGGCGUGUGAAGGUCGUCGAACUCUUGUUGAAGGUGGGCAGUGCAGAUCCGCAAACUCAUGAUUCAAGGGGUGUCAUGCCGUUGGAUUUUGCUGUCGCUGAAGGACAUCAUGAUGUCGUGAAACUUCUUACUUCUUAUCGACUGGAUAGGAGGCGAUUUCCCUGA